AUGGGAGAAGGGAGAAGGAAGAAGGAGGAAGGAGGAAGAAGGAGAGGAGGAAGGGGCUGGCUCGGGUGGCCAGUAAUCGGCCACGCCCUGGCUGAUAGCCCUAUCGGUUGCGCCCUGGCCGACAGGCAGAGCCGACAGCCCAGUCGACAUGGCUUCGCCACUAGUCGGACACCACGUGGCCGACAUCCACCUAUCGGUCGCGCCUCGGCCGACUGCCACCUAUCGGCCGCGCCUCGGCCGAUUGCCUCCAGUCGCUUCGCCUGGGCCGAGGCAGCCUCAGUAAGUUGGAGUUGGCCUUUUAGCCAGAUCCCAUCGCAUCCCGGCCCUCCUCUGGUUCUCCUCCCAUCGUCACAACCGACAAGCUGCAAUAUCCAAAUCAUUCUUCUUUCGGCGACGCCAUUGACAGAGGCGGCCAUGGAGAAGGGGAAGGCCCCAGCGGAUGCAGCGGAGCCGGCCGCGGCGUGUGCAGCGCGGCUGGCGCGUGAGUGGAGCACUUGGGCGAUGAAGAACGCGAAGGUGGUCGCGCACUACGGCUUCAUCCCCCUUGUCAUCCUCGUCGGCAUGAGGUCCGAACCCAAGCCCAGCCUCGCCCAGCUCCUCUCCCCCGUGUAGCUCUGUUCCCCGAGCGGAUCCGCACGGCUGUGCGCGUAUUGAGUUGAUCUAAUUUUGUAUUUUUCCCUGAAUAAUUUCUACUCAUUACUCUUUGGAAGUUUGGGUUGCUCUGAUUUUGGGUCUCCCUAUUGCCACCGAGAGCCUACUGUAUGGCUGUAUUAGGCUACGGGCAAUUGUGCGGUGGUUUAUAAGAUUUUUGCUAAGAGCUGUACCGCCAGAAUGUAUUACAGUCUCAAGGACGUGUUCGUGUUUCUUGUUUCACCCUUUGACAUUGGAGAUGUCGCCGUGGGAGCAAGCACACGGGCAAUUGUGCGGUGGUUUAUAAGAUUCUUGCCGUGUGGUUUAUAUGA